AUGGGAUGUGCGGUUGAAGAGAUGAUGUUUGCCACUACACUGGCGACCAUCUACAUUUCUUAUCUUUUUUGGCUGGGCAUCACAGGCCCCAAGGGCGCCUUGAAGGCCAUCGCCGCGGCGCGGGACGAGUCGGACGAGACGCAUCCCAGAGAGGUGAUGCUGAGGAUCCACGAAAAACGAUAUGCCGUGUGGAUAGCGGGUACAACGCUGUCAGCACUUUGCUCAGAGAUGUAUUGUAUAUUUGUGAUUGCUUCUUCCAGCGUUUUCAGAGGCAGCCUGAUGGAAGACGUUUUUGGAACCUUCCAUUUCUGGACCGCUUUUGCUUCGUCGGUUUGCACACGAUGGGCUUCCAAACCAGGUCAAGAGAUGUCAAGCCGACAAAUUCUAAUCCUGACAACGCUGAUCAACUUCUUUGGAUUGGUCAAUAGCAUUGAUUUAUCGAACCAUUUGGUGUGUGCCAACUAUUUGGGUCGCAUGUUUGUUGCUAGUUUUUCUCCAGACAUUGGCUUCACGGUCCAGCUGAACGUCUACAUGAUUCCCUUCGCCAUCGCCUGCGGCUACUAUCGUCAAGGGCCCGGCUGCGACUUCACAGUGUUGUCGGAACUCAUCGUCAACGAGGUGGUCUCGGUGACCUUUAUGUCUGUGGUGCUUGGGCAGUUGAAUUACUUGAACAUCAAACAGGAGAAAGCCAACAUGGAACUGGAAGAGAAUGUGAAAAAGCAGGACCUCCAUAUCAAGGAGAGAGAAGCGCUCUUAAACGCUGCCAAGUCACUCUUGGCAGUGAUGUGUGAUUGCUGCGAACAACUCUCGCACGAUUGGAAGAUUCUGCAACCUUCCGACAAAGUGCUGGAGAUGUUUCGCUUCCCAAACCUGCGCAAGGAGCGUCCCAAGAAUUUCGACCUGGUGCAAUGCAUUGCCGUUGAGGAUCAAGAUCGCUUUACCAAUUUUAUUGCCACAUCGCUGAAUGCUCCCAGCGCCCUACACUUGCAGAUGAAGGACUUCCACGGACGUUUGUUCGAUGUGCAGCUCUUUCACAUGCCGGUCCCAAGCUUGUUGACGGAGGACCCUCAACACUUGGUUGGAAUCAUCACCAAGGACAACCGCGAACAUCGGGAACUGCCUCGGGCGCGGAAACAUCGGGAUGUCAUUGCCAGCAUUGCCAGCAUCCCGGAAGGUGCCAUUUUGGACGAUGAGGUCGCAGGGACCUCAUCGUCCAGCGAUGACGUGAGCAUCAAAAGCAAGGGGAGUCAGAGGCUGAGCAAUUUGGAGGAUCAAAGAUCAUCCCCAGGUUUUGUGACUGACCCCUUGCAGUUCAUCAAUUUGAUUGACAGCGUGAAGAUGAAUGUGGACCUGCACACAGGCCAAAAAGGCUACCACGUGCGAAAGCUGCUCUUUUCCUUCAAGGAGCCUACCACAGAGGAUGGGCUGAAGCUCUUUAGUUUCCUCAAGCGGAGGUAUCGAGUGGUGGUGGAAGAUUGGCUACAGGAGCAUGUGAACUCCUGGUACCACGGCGUGGCUUGUGACGAGAAAUGCUUGGGCACAAAGCUAUCGCUCAGCGGUCUCGGCAGCAUCGCCGUUGGGGAAAUGAAUGUCCUUGGCAUUUGGUCCCAGGAGGUGUUGGCCAAAAAACUGGGCCCCACCUUAGCGCUAUGUUGGCCGGGCGGUUGUUGGCGCUGCAACAUCGGGUUGCCUAACGUCACCUUCCGCGGCACCAAGAACAUGACUCCAAAAAAGGCAGCGGUAGUCACCUACUGCAGCGCCAAGAAUGUGAUUCCAAAACACAGCUGGCAUGCUUUCAAAGUGAGGCUGGCGCACGAGACAUGUGACGUCUUAGCCGCCUUGGAUCGCAUCGAAGGGGAUCGCGAGUUGCCAGAUCAGCUCACCUAUCAGGAGUUGCAGCACCAUGCCAAGCACAUUGCGGGAACUCUGCAGAACCUUCCACAGCUAAAACGUGACGGUGACGUCUUGGCUUCGGGCUUGCGUCGUGGCAAUGAUUUUUAUACGCUCUUCGUCGCUUGCAGUUUCUGCCAGAUCCCCUUUGUCGCAUUGAGCACCGACCUUGCCCAACAGGAUAUCGAACGGCUGCGGAAUCAACAGAUCCUCAGCGAGUUAAAACCACGAGUGUUGAUUUUGCACUCGGAGGAACAACUGCAACCGCAUCUGGGUCCGGAGCCCGUCUUCGUUCCCACGGUGACCUUUCGUUCCUUGCUCGCGUCUCCGCUCGGCAACUCCUUCACCGCGCCGCCCGCGGAUCCCACAAAGAUCUUGUGCUUUCAAUACACCGGAGGUACAACUGGUGCAUCCAGAUGUUGCGUGGCCACGCAGCAAAUGGCCCUGUGGGAAGUGGUGAAGUACAAGGAGGUGGUCGCUUUGGACUCCAGCCAUCGAGUUUUGCAACAACAUUCAGCCUAUUGGGCCGCCAGUCUUUUCGGAGAAUUUGACAUCGCCUGGGCUGGCGGCUGCACGUUGGUCUUUGCCAACUGUUCCAAUGUCCAGGAGUUGGCCAACUGCAUUGCCAGUACCGAGGUGACCUGUGCCGGGCUGGUGCCAAGCGUGCUAGAGACACUGGAGGAAAGACGAGUUCGAACCGUUCGGAACGAUCGAGAGUCAGUGGUGAAAGAUUUUCUGAAAUGGGAUGAUUUGGCUCCAAUUGGGGAAAUCACGGUGCUGUGGAAUGUCAAGGGUUUGAAGCCAUCUGCACAAGAUUUUUUCUGGUGCCUUGCGGCAAAAGCAAAAGAAUUUGGUGAAGGAUGCGACUACGAGAUUGACGAAGAGGCCACCGUCAUUCUGACGAUGUGA